AUGCACGUGAAGACCGGCGACACAGUGAUCGUCGUGGCCGGCAGUGAGAAGGGCAAAAUUGGCGAGAUCACCAAGGUGAACAGGAAAACUGGCCAGGUGUUUCUGGAGGGAACAAACAUGAAGACAAGGUAUCAGAAGCCCCAGGGCGAAGGCGAGGCUGGUGUGAUGGAGCAGAAGGAGUCGCCCAUCCACCAUUCAAAUGUCAUGCAUUAUUCAAAGGAGAAACAAGUCCGGAGUCGAGUGGGCAUCAAGUUUGCAGAGGAUGGAAAAAAGAUCCGAUACCUGAAGAAAACUGGCGAAGUCUUGGAUUAG